AUGGCAUCAACUCGACCAGCAGCAGCUCCCCAAGUUGGGGGCAAGUUGCCUCCAAUCCCCCCCAACCAGACCCUCUAUGUUACCAAUCUCCCGUCCGCCAAGAUCCAGAAAGACGAUCUGAAAACAGCUCUAUACAUGUUGUUUUCCACGUACGGCCCGGUCCUCGACAUAAUCGCACUCAAGACCAUGAAAAUGCGCGGUCAAGCUCAUAUUGUGUUCCGCGACACGCAAGCGGCUACACAGGCAAUGCGAUCCCUAGAAGGCUUUAAGUUUCUUGGGAGAGAAAUGAGAAUACAGUAUGCAAAAUCCAAGUCGGACACGAUUGCAAAACUUGAUGGAACAUAUAAGAUGCCAGGGACGGCUGCCGCAAACGUCGAGAUGACAGAAGCUCAGCAGUCCAUUUUCAAUGCUCCUGCGCCUGGAACAGCCCCUGCAAUCGCACCCGCUGCACCACAUGACUUGCCUUCGAAGCCUUCGAAUGUUGCAGAUGAUGCUGCACGGGGUCAGAAGCGCACACGUGCCGAAGAGGAGGAGGAAGAGGACAGUGACGAGGAUGUUGCCAUGGAGGAGGACAGCGAUGACGAGUGA